AUGGCCUCUCAGGCUCUAGCGUUCGCAACGGCUGGUCCCUCAGCACAACCAUGGCAGUUGAUGGUCCCCCCAGCGGCAGCUCCACAAGUCCGUACAAUUCCGUCUUCCAGCACUGCUCAGAUAUACGGGUCCUACGUUGAGCACGAUCUCCCCUGGGCAAUACAUUACGUUGAACAGCCCACACUCCCGUUCCUGACAAGCUCAGGACCACUCGCAAUUAACGGCGCUGUCAAGUUCAGCCAACGAGGAGAUCAAGUCAACCGUGACGUGUUGCAGCACUAUCCUGUCAACCCUAUCGGCUUCAUCAAUCCCGAGAUCCAAGGCUGGGAGUUGGCGGUGCUAGUUGCCCAAGGGUUCGACAUGGACAUCAUUGUGAGCCACACCAGGCCAAACAAUGUCAGUGAUGAGCUCAUGAAGAAACGGUUCUGGAUGCGGGAACUACGAUUUCGUGAGAAACAUGGGAUCCUCAAACGACUAGGAGAGCGGAGACUACCCACAAGUCUUGAGGAAUCAGUUCUGUGCGAGCACAACAACUUCGUCUACAACACGUGGUUCGUUGUUGACCUUGCUACUGGCACAAUGUAUCAGCCUCAGCCAGAAGGUGCUGUUCCGCGAACACGAUACCCCCUGCCUCGCCCUCGUAAUCCAAGCGUGCGGAUGGCAGACAUCUGGAUACGGAAGAGACCAGACGAUCCUGUUCCGUCGGUAGUCGUGGUCCAGCACCCCCCAGCAAACCAAGCACAUCCGGCUGUUGUAAUAAACCAACUACCAGAUCACGCCGCAGGAUCAAGCGUUGUUGCUCGAGUGGUUUCUACGCAUCCUACGCUUCCAGUAGCUACACCAGUAUCAAGCUCAGGAGCGCCCGCGGACUCGAGCCGUGCAACUACACCCAUGAGCGGUCGCCAUGGGCAAUGGACUGCAACCACGGAGAGUCCACAGGAUGGCAGCCUAAGAAGCCGACCGGCUGUUCUUGGUAUCGAUGCAGAUGAACAUCAGAGCGGCUACGACAAUUCACAACAAGAUCCAACGCAUGUGCAAGCCGCUAUUGCAAGUCUAUCAAGCCGAAAGCGGGUUAGAGACGAUGACGAAGAUACAGACAGCAGCUCGCCGCAGGGGGUGAGCGCCAUCACCCAAUGUGCAAACGUAGACAUCGCUAACUCUUUCAAGCCGCGAAAGCGUUUCCAACUAGACGUAGAUAAUACUGCGCCGGCGCAAUACCACUUUCAGCAUCAACAAGCGCCGCCACACCCAUUGUCCGUUACACGAAGAUCUGCAGGGGAGACUGGUACUCCAACUCGCCCUCAUCACUCCCAAGUCGAGCCAGAGAUUCAGGACCAUAGGUCAUCCAUCGUCGUGUUCCCGCCCGGUUCUACGAAUCGCUACGACAUGCCUGAGGAGGAUACGUGGGUGCCGUCGUAUCCGACUCUGCGAUACGUGACGGCUCUUAUGGAAGAAGAAGCAAGCAGAAGACGGGAACCAACUGAAGAAGAGCAGGCGGCGUAUUCCCAUGCCGUGUUGAACGAUUUGUGGGGCGGACUCGACUUGUGGAAGUGA